UCAAUAUCAGCAUUUCUUAAAAUGGUUAAGGUAAAAGAUGACAAAGAAGUGAAAGCAAUGCCACUCAGUAACAAUACUGUUAUCAGAAGAAUAGACGAAAUGAGUGAAGCAAGUGAAAUACAACUUGUUGAAAAGCUGAAAAAAGAAAACUCUCCAUGCAAAAGGAUGAAUCAACUUUGACAGAAAUUUAGGCUGUAUUGGAAACUUACGUAAGAUAUAAUGAUAAAGGAGAUUUUGCUGAAGAAAUGUUGUUCUGUAAAUCUUUAGAAAGGACCACUACCGCCAAAGUUAGAUAU